CUAACCCGCCCCACCCCCACUUUUACAAAAAUGUGAGACAGAAGCCGAGAAGACUGUUGGGAAACUGCGAUGAUGACGAGCAUCACGAGCUCCACAUUUCAUGAGUGGACAAAGUAAAAAUAACAAAAGAAAAGAUCUCAACAACAAAGGGAUUUGUGUGACGAUGAAGACUGGGGGGGGAAAUGUGGGAGUGAUGGAAAUGUUCAUGGGAGGAUUUGUGCAGCAGCAGAGCGAGGGAGGACGUGAUAAAUGAUAACCCAACUCCCCCCGUGUGAGUUCACUCCAUCGCCUGCCACCAUCCAAGGGAAAUAAUGGAGCUUCCAUUCAUCUUCCCUGUGCUCCUGCUUCUAUGCUCCCUCAGCGUUGCUGUUUGGACAUGCCCUGAUGGAUGCCAAUGUAAAGAAGACCAAUUCUUGUGCAGCAGAAUCUCAAGUGUUCCUCCAAUGCCAACAUCCACCAAGGGCCUCUUCCUGUUCAAUUGCAGCAUCUCCUCUCUGAAACCAGAGGACUUCACUCCUCUUUCUCAUGCCUUAACCAUCAGUAUUAAAGAUUGUGUUUUGGGGGAGAUUCACCCUGGCACGUUUGAUUCCACUUUGAACCUCAAGGUCUUAACGGUUAUUGGAACGGAACUGCAAGAUCUGCCAGAGGACUUGUUCCAGAAUCUUCAGCAGCUUGACACUCUGAAUGUGAAAAGCAACAAGCUCCUUGUACUCCAUCCAAAAUGGUUCUCCCCAAUCAAAAGCCUGAUUGUCCUUGAUCUCAGUAAGAACCAGUUGACCUCAAUACCCGUGGAAACUUUUCACCCUCUGACUGAGCUAAAGUACCUGAUGCUAGCAGGCAAUACUAUCAGUCGGUUACUAGGUGGGACGUUCAAAGGCCUUUCUAAGCUCAAGUACCUUCGGCUAAACAGGAAUUUACUACAGCAAGUUCCGAGUGGAAUUUUCGACGACCUCAAAAACCUGGAGGGACUAUCCCUAAAUGACAAUCGCAUCACUCAUCUCCAACAUGACCUGUUCUCAAAGAUGCCCAACCUCCAAAAGCUGUUCCUUUCCAACAACCAACUGAGAACUCUUCCACAAGGGCUCCUCCUACACCUGCCCCUCUUAGCUCAGAUCUCCUUGUAUGAAAACCAGCUGGACAGCUUCGGCCCUGGGGUUUUUGGUCCCAUGGCCCUGCAGGAGUUGUGGCUGUAUGACAACAAGCUGAGCCGAGUAGAGGAUGACACCUUUAGAAAUCUGACGCAGUUGCGACUCCUGGUGCUCAGCCGCAACCGGAUUAGCUAUGUGUCGACCAACGCCUUCCGAGGGUUGGAACAGAUAGGUGAAAUAUCACUGCACACCAACCUGCUCAGGACCUUGCAAGCUGGGACAUUCCAAGGUCUUCCCAGGCUGCUAAACAUUUCCUUGGAGCACAACUUCAUCACUCAACUGCCCGCCGGUUUUCUCCAAGGCCUGAGCCACUUGGGACAGAUUGACCUGAAAAACAACUCUCUUCCAAACCUGCCACAGGAUAUGCUAGAUGCCAUCUCUGUGGCAGAAGAGAUACUGCUUCAGCAGAACCCCUGGAGGUGUGACAAGGACAUUCUGCCUCUGAGGAACUGGCUGAGAAAGCACCCAUCCAAGAGCAACCAAACCCAAGUGGUGUGCGACACUCCCCUCGGUCUGAGUGGGGAGGUAAUUGCCACGCUGACAGAGGAGGACUUGAUGCUGCAGAGUUCCACGCAGCAGACACUACUGACCUCAACAGAGUGGACGAGCAACCCGCCUGCUGGCAAGACGACGCCUCCCACAGAGUCUGAAGCGGUCACAAGCAGCGGACAGGGGGAAGAGGGACAAGUCUCCGACCAUACUACCAUCAUCCUCAUUGUCGUCGCAGUUGUCGCCACGCUCGUCAUCAGCGCCACCAUCGUCAGGUGUCUAUACUGGAGAAGGAACAAAACAGGAAGGGGAAAUAUAGGACACAGGAGCAGGAGCUCUGUGCUGUAGACGAGUGUCCAAUCUAAUAGCCUACAAGUCUAAGUGCCCGAUGUUCUUUUUGCAUUUUAAGUGACCCACUUCCAACGUCUCUGUGUUUGCUGAGCACCUGACACAACCCGCACGCACACGCAACGUACUCGUGUCAACAUCGGGGGCAGCAUCAACAUGGGAUAAAGAGUGUAUUCACCCCCAUAUAAGAUGACCCCGCUUUUUCAAGACCUGUUUCUGGAAAAAUAUUUUCAAGACAAAAAAAAAGAUCAAAUGUGUACAGCAAUCCCUCAUUUAUCACGGUUAAUUGGUUCCAUAUAGGACUGUGAUAAGGGAAUUUCCGCAAAGUAGGAUUCUUUAUUUAUAAAUGGAAUUGUUUUGGUAGUUAGUGCAUAGAAAACCAGUUUACCGUAUCUUGCUUGCUGCUGUAACAAGUGAAUUUCCCCGCUGUGGGAUAAAUAAAGUACAAAUACAAAUACAAUACAAAUACCACCUUCUAAAUAUGCUUUUAACAUGAUUAGAGCCCUCUAGACAUGACAUAACACCCCUACAGUGACCUUUACACUCCUAUUACCCAAUACAGUAAACAUCAUAAGAGUAAAUAAGCCAUUGAAGACAUAAGUAAGACUUGUGCUCAUGUGUGGUACUAGAAAUGUGUUCCCUAAGGCAGUGGUCCCCAACCUUUUUGGACCCUUGGACCAAAAAAUCUCUGGUGGACCCAAUUCUUUUUAAGUGUACAAUAUAUAUUUUGUUACCAUUGUGCCUGAAAGCUCCUGCGGCCUAGUUCGGCCCCGCCCAAGGACCAGUGGUUGCGGACAACUGCCCAAGGGGACCGGAAAGAGAGGUGGACAGGAAGUGAUGUUGAGGGUUCAGAGUUGAGUUUCAGCUUUGCCUGUGUUUUUUUUUUACAGAUCUUUAUUCGGGAUUAUUGUGCCUGUUGUGAAACCAUUCAAAGCUGCAAUAAAAGACUGUUGUCAUCAAGUGACAUCAAGUGUGGUGCUUGUGUGUCUCACCCAACAUUACAGUAACACUACUGACACCUAGUGGCCAGUGUGGACUACUACAUAUCAUUAACGUCUGAAUGCAUCUUCUGAAUGUCUUAUAUUUAUAUUUUAGU